AUGGUGAUUACAACAGGUACUGAGGUUAUGGUGAUUACAACAAGUACUGAGGUUAUGGUGAUUACAACAAGUACUGGGGUUACGGUGAUUACAACAGGUACUGAGGUUAUGGUGAUUACAACAAGUACUGAGGUUAUGGUGAUUACAACAGGUACUGAGGUUAUGGUGAUUACAACAAGUACUGAGGUUAUGGUGAUUACAACAGGUACUGAGGUUAUGGUGAUUACAACAGGUACUGAGGUUACGGUGAUUGCAACAGGUACUGAGUUUAUGGUGAUUACAACAAGUACUGAGGUUAUGGUGAUUACAACAAGUACUGAGGUUAUUGUGAUUUUAACAGGUAAUGGGGUUAUGGUGAUCACAACAGGUACUGAGGUUAUGGUGAUUACAAGUACUGAGGUUAUGGUGAUUACAACAGGUAAUGGGGUUAUGGUGAUUGCAACAAGUACUGAGGUUAUGGUGAUUGCGGAAGGUACUGUGUUAUGUUGA